AUGGCUCCGGCACUGCUCGGCGUGCAAGGCAGGAAGCACAAGGUCACCGUCAUUGGUUCCGGCAAUUGGGGAUCGACCAUAUCCAAGAUCAUUGCCGAGAAUACCCUGGAACACCCCGACCUGUUCGAGCCCGAUGUUCACAUGUGGGUGUACGAGGAGGAGGUGACGUACGAGGGGCAGCCGCGAAAACUCACCUCCAUCAUCAACCAACACCACGAGAAUGUCAAGUACCUCCCCAAUAUCAAGCUACCCACCAACAUCAUCGCGAACCCCUCACUUGAAGAUGCCGUGCGCGACUCCUCCAUCCUCAUCUUCAACUUGCCCCACCAGUUCAUCCACAGGAUCUGCAGCCAGCUGAAGGGCAAGAUCGUGCCCUUCGCCCGAGGAAUUUCCUGCAUCAAGGGCGUUAACGUCACCGAUGAGGGCAUCUCGCUGUUCUCGGAAUGGAUUGGCGAGGGCCUCGGCAUCUACUGUGGCGCCUUGUCGGGCGCCAACAUUGCGUCGGAGAUCGCGGCCGAGAAGUGGUCUGAGACCACGAUCGCCUACGACCCCCCGUUGAUGGACAACUCGCGUAACCCGUCCCAGACCGCGACGCCCCGGUCCGCGACACCGAACCGCCAGUCGCCGCGAGCCACGGCGGCCGAGCUUAGCAUCACGCCGCUAGCGAAUCUGCCGCACCGAGACGUCCGAGGUCGCAUUAGCAAGACCAAGCUGACGCCCGUGCCGCCCGAGUACCCGCCGCUCGACCAUGAAACCUUCAAGGCGCUCUUCCACCGUCACUACUUCCACGUGCGCAUGGUGUCAGACGUCGCGGGCGUCUCGCUCGGCGGCGCGCUGAAGAACAUCGUCGCGCUCGCCGCCGGCUUCGUCGACGGGCGGGGCUGGGGCGACAAUGCGAAGGCGGCCAUCAUGCGUGUCGGACUGCUCGAGAUGGUCAAGUUCGGGCACGAAUUCUUCGGCGAGACAAUCUUGACGGGCACCUUCACCGAAGAGAGUGCCGGGGUGGCUGAUCUCAUCACGAGCUGCAGCGGCGGCCGUAACUUCCGCUGCGCUAAGAAGGCCAUCGAGAAAGGUAUUACGGUCCAAGAGGUCGAGCGCACCGAGCUCAAUGGCCAGAAGCUCCAGGGUACCAGCACUGCCGCCGAGGUCAAUUCCUUCCUCAAGCGCCGCGGCCUCGAACACGAGUACCCCCUCUUCACCGCCGUCCACGACAUCCUCGAGGGUCGCAACACCGUUGACGAGAUCCCUGAUCUCGUCGCGAGGACCGAGUCCUAA